AUGGAGAGUCUCGAUACCGCCGGUCUGUUGUUUGAGGAGAAACCUUUGCAUACACCGUCCCUGGUGGAGUUGCGCGAUGUGCUUGCGGUCGGUCUAAAAUCUUGUUUCGCUACGGUGAAUGUGGAGGUGGUCGAGUGUCCGGAUUUGAGCAAAGCUCCCUUCCAUCUUGCUGGAUCUGGAUUGAACGGCAGUCCGACGUUAGUUGAAAUUGGUGGUCCACCCUAUCUGCUGCCCACGGUGGACCGUACCAAACUUUACGAUGUCGUACCAAUCGCCAAACGUGCGCUGCACGAUGACCAGAAGCCGUUCAUCGCAAUCGGAGCCGGUGCGGGCCCCUUCCCGUUGGUGAAUUCCAACUGUGAGGGUAUGUUCAACCUCCGCUACAGCCCACCGGGCAAUGUCGUGAGUGAAAGCCACCUGGCAAUGGUGACACUCGAACGGGAAGUGAUAGUACGAAAGAUCCCAAACACCGAGACGCGCUGCGCUCUGCUGGGUAAUCUGCUCGUGGCCGAAGGUAAUGCGGGACCGGUGCUGAAAGUAAGCUGCAAACGGCGCACCGGCAACAAAGACUUCAUUGCCAGCAUCCGCACGUGCUUAGAGGAGCGGUACGGUGAGCGAACCGUUGGCAUGGGAGGUGUGUUUCUGCUGCAAGCGGGCAAAGCCAAACAGCACAUCAUGUCGACCUUCUCGACAUCACCCAUCAACACCGAGGAACAGUUGAACGAGUGGCUCAACUUCUACGACAUGCCGGCGCCACUCAUCAACUUGGGCACGCUUGUCACGAACGAGUGCGAUUUGGACCUGCGGCUACAACACUUUCACAGCUUUUCCACGCACGGUCACGGUGGCCAUUAUCACAUCGACACGACACCGGAGGUGGUCGAGUAUGAAGGAUACUUUGUGGCCGGUGAACGGAUCGUGCGUGUCGAUAAGCCGAUCCAUACGCACAAAUUCGGUCGUGACUAG